AUGACUACAUCGGUUUCUUUGAAUUUACCAACAGAUGAUGAAACAAAACCAAUCAUUCAGACUCAAACUGAACAACAAUAUUUAUUAAGUCCACCUACAAAAGUUUUGAAACCAUUUCCACCAAGUAUACUUCAAUCAAUCGAAGCUAAUCGACAACAAAAUCGUUCACCAAUAUCACAAUCAUCAUCAUCAAAUUUCUUUGUUGUUAAACAAUCUUCAAUCGAUAUUACUGAUGAUGACGAUGACGAUGAUGAUUUAGAAGAAAAUGAUCAUAUACUAAUAAACUCUUCAAAUUUAAAUCGUAAUCCUGAACAAUCAAAACGAUCACCAUCUGAAAUACGUAUUACUUUAUAUCCUAAUGAAAGUGGAAGUACUCAUGGUAGUUUAACAAAUAGUCAAUUAGAAGUAUCAAAUUCAAUAUAUAAAAAUGGACAUCGAAAAUCUGAUCCAUCUGUACUUGAAAGAAAAAAUUCAAAAUUAAAUCGUACAGAAUAUUUACGACGUACUUUACUUGAUCAUCGUUUUGGUCGUCGAAUACAUUCAUCAUUUUCAUCUUCAACAACAUUACGUUCAUUAAGUCGACGUCGUUCAACACAAAAUAUAUCUCCACAUCCAUCUUUAACUGUUUCACGUAGUCGUCGACAUACAUAUCAUUUACCACGUAAUUCUAAAUGGCAUAUUGUUCGUCAUCGUUUACCUGAUAUUGCUAUGAUGAGUGAAACAUAUGCUCGAAUGAAAUUAGUUGAACAAGAUUUACGUUGGAUAAAUUUACGUGAAAAAAUUCGUACACAAGUAUUAGAUUUACGUGAAAUGCAAGUAUUACGUCAACAAGAUGAUGGAUUAAUAUCAAAAAAGAAAACACAAAAAACAAGAUUUCAUUUAAAAACAAUUCCUGUUACUGAAGUUAUUCAUGUUGAACGUGAUGGUCAAGUUUAUUCGAUGGGCACACGUGAUCUUGUUCUUGGUCGUUCACUUUAUGAUGAAGAUAUACAUUUAGAUACAUUUGCUCAAUUAGAUGCUCGACGACAAUUUCAAGUACAACAACAUUUAUUAAAACAACAAGAAGGAAGAACUCGCUUGAAAAAAUAUAUUGCUUUCUCAUUUUGUUUAUGUAAUUUAUCGUUUAUUGUUCUUAUGUUUGCUUCGAUGUUCAUUUUUGCUAUGAAAACAAUACUUGAAAUGAGAUCAAGAGAGUUUCCUUGGUAG